CACCAGUAUAACCAAUGUCACGUUUAAAAAAUGCUUUUGAACACUAUGAAUCACCAUCCUAAAGAAAACUGCCCGAAAAGCGUUUGGCUCUAACCACUCGUUUAAACAGGACAUGUCACAACCUCGCUGACGCUACAUAACGAAAAGGAGCUGCCCUUUAAACGUUACUGAGACUAUAGAUUUAUUUAGUACCAUGGAAAAAAAACAGCGUUCACGUCAGAAUGGCAAUUUACAUAAAUUUCUUCCCACAGAAACGUCAGUAAUCGUAACACACGAGUUUUUCGUGGAUAUGACAUGUGAAGGCUGUUCUGGGGCAGUGACACGAGUGCUCAACAAACUGGAUGUCAAAUUCGACAUCGACCUGCCUAAUAAGAAGGUUUUUAUCGAGUCUGACAAGGAUGCCAACCAGCUCUUGGAAACGCUGAAAAAGACCGGGAAGACCGUGACGUAUAUCGGGUCAAAAUAAAGCGCCUUUCCUCCUCAUCGGAUGAAGGAAACAGAUGGGGGCUGCUCCUGUUGCCAUGAGAACCGGGAGAGCACUGUUGGUGGAAGCUUCUUUUCCCGGUUCAGCUAGGGAGGUGUCCUGCCAUGCUGGAUAGCAAACAAAAUUCUCUCUGUGCAAUAUGCUAUAUGGGUCCACUAGGGGGUGCUCCAUUCAGCUUUAUACUUUUUCUUUCCUAGAAACUGAAAUCUUGUUCAAUCGAAAACCCUAAUGAAUUUUACUUUCUUAUUACUUUCUGUUCUUCAUAUGAGAUUGGAAGCUGUGGUAUAGUGUUUAUGAGCCCUCAUAUGUAUAAACUCUGAAUAUUGUACAGUUGCAAAAUUAAAGUGUGAUUGUACUAGCCAUGUUUUUCCUGUUUUUCAACGCUCAAUUCUUUAUUGCCGUCAUUGUACCAGGGCUGGACGAUAUGGACCAAAAAUCACAUCUCGAUAUUUUUUAGCCGAAUGGCGAUAUGCGAUAUAUAUCUCGAUAUUUUUCUCUUACAUAAAGUGAUAACAAAUAGACAGUUUCCAAGUCAGAGCCCAGAUGUGUCCAAUAUCACACAGGCACUUAUACUCACAGACAGUAUGGAAUAUUAUUCAGCAUUAUGUAACGUAGAAUAUAAGUAUUAUGAUAUUAUUAAAAAGUAUGCCAAAUAUCCAUUAUGUAAUCAUUACAAUGUAAACAUUAUAUUGUAAUCAACACCAUGUAAUCAAUUGAGUAUGUAUCUGCACCUUGUAUUAACCUAAGAGUUUCUGUUAGCUACUUUUAUGUUAGUCCUGAAUCUAUGAAUAUCCACUUUUAUUUGCAUACAUUUUAUCACUACGUUAAAGGACAAAUAUAUUAUCAACCCUCUAGUUAGUCUGUGCAACAGGCUGAAGCUGCCAAGGUUUACUACUGAAGGAAGGGAUUCGCCUGAAUUCACCAAAAGUUCACGGCUGAGCAUUUUUAAAAAACCAAAUGGAGAUGGUCGCACCACCAUUAUGUUCAGUCGAGGGACCAAACGGUAAAAGAAAUGAUGGACAAACAUCGCCUAGGGGUGUGGAUCAAGGGGAAAAAACAAUGAUUGUGAAUGGUUGAAGGAAUGAUGAUGCUCAAGUGACGAGAUAUUGUUAAAUGAUAAGAACUUGUAUAAAAAUUGGUGUAAAACAGUAUUGGACACACUUGGAAGUGUCCGGCCUUGAUUGUAACUUCAUUGUUGCAAUAAAGACUUAAUUUGGAUUUACA